AUGUUGCGAGUGUGGAAGCCUUCUGGGGAGGAAGUGCUGGCCCUGCCACAGGAGGAGGUCGAUGACGUGCGGUCCCUGAAGCGGCGUUUGAGGGGACCUUCGGGCACGCCUCGCUUCCGACAGCGGCUCCUCAGUGAUGGCCAGGCUCUGGAGGACGCUGCGAGCCUUCAGGGCCUUACCGACCUCCAGUUGAUCUUGCUUCCUUUCCUGCCUGCCGAGCAGAAGGAUGCGGACCGGCUCACAUCAGCCGUGAAAGACGGCUUGCUCGAAGUGGUCGAAGACUUGUUGCAACGACCCCAGGAUCCUAACUUGCCAAACGGAAUCGGCGCCACGCCCCUCUGCACGGCCUGCGAGCAUGGGCACCUGGAGAUUGCGCGCCUGCUAUUGGAGGCCGAUGCCAACAUCGAGAAGAUCAGUGGACCCAGGUCGCGAACACCUCUCCGCAUGGCGUGCGAGAUGGGACAUCUUGAGCUCGCACGCCUCAUGGUGGAGGCGGGCGCCGACAAGGACAAGGUCAGUGGGCGCGACGUGCGAUCUCCCCUCGGCAUGGCCACCGAGCGCGGCCACAUCGAGGUCGUGCGCUUCCUCCUCCAAGCGGGAGCUGACAAGGAUGCCAAAUACGAUUCAUACCGGCCGGCUGCGGUAGCAUCCCGCUGCCGCCACUACGAGGUAGUGCGGCUCUUUCAUGGCGGCCUCUAG